AUGUUCAUCUACGCAAGCGGCCGGCCGUUCAUUAGGGGUGGAGUCACGGCUGUACAUGCAGAUGAGGGUGCUCCAUACGAUGUGGAAGCUUCCGAACUAGCCGUCCUCCAAGACCCUCGCAUGAGUGCUCGCAGUCCAGCAUGGCGACCUCUGAACUCGCCAAUAUCGCAAGGCGAAGCACUAGCACGGCUACUUGCCCCAUCAGCACGCAAACACGGCUUCAACGACGCCCUGAACCGGAUCCGCCAGGCAAUGACUAUGCCACACGCGAGCGGCAGUCUACUUAUCAAGAUGUUCAAUGACCUCGACACCGUCAUCUUCCAUAACAAGCUCCGGCGUCGGAUAUACCUCAGCUGGCGCCAUCUCACACAAGAAGACCCAGAACUCAUACGGAACCCUUGCGCCGUCCUCUGGGGCCAGACAAACCCAGCCAAUUUCCAUGGCCAGCCGCGUAUCGCCAUCGAGUUGAAUACCCAGGCUCCGUGGAGCGCCACAACGAGGAAGGAUUCGGUUGGCGUUUUAGUGCAUGAAAUGCUUCAUGCUUGGUUCAUGGUACACUGCGGGAUACCGGAUGAUGUGAUUGUGGCGAAGGGCAUGGAUGUGCAUCAUGGUUAUUACUUUCACAGCGCUAGGGUGCAUAUCGAGCAGAACUUUGGCUUGGUGUUUCUAGAGCCCGUGGCAAGUAUGCGAUGA